AUGACUCCAUUACCCGAUACGACGACGACAACAACAACAAAAACACCUCAUCAAUAUAAUGAUAGUGAUUCAGAUAUUAAUGAUAUGUCUCGUGAUUUAGAUGAAAUUGGAUUACUUAACUUGAAUAAUUUGACUUCAUAUUUUUCAACAGAUCGGUUUUUCUCCCAAAUGCCUAGUUUUGAAAUGAAGAAUUUCCCAUUAGAAUUCACUAAAUACGUAACCAAAUAUAAGAAUUAUUAUCAAGAUCAAUAUAAGAAAUAUAAUAAAAGUUUUGGCACUAGUACGAGUACUACUACUACCACUACAGAAGCCGAUGAAAUGAAGGAUAUACUGGAUGAUAGUAAUAUUUUAGAUUCUAUAAAAACAGUUUUAUCAACUAGAAUUCAAAUGGACAAGUUUUUAAAUGAUUUAAAAUUAGGUGUCAAUAUCACUACUGCUAUUGAUCGAUUACAACCUUUGACUGAUGUGAUUAAUGAAACGAUUUUUUUACCAACAGAUGAUUUCAGUGAUAUUGAAAAUGAUGAAAUAGAACCGGAAAUUGAGAAAGAAGAAAUCACUGAACCAGUAGGAAUUGCAGAAAUUGUUAAUAAAUGUCAACCAUUAAUAAAUGAAAUUGUCAAACCUCGAGUAGGAAUUAGAAAUGAAUUAAAAAGAGAUACCCGAAGGAAAAGAAAAAGAAAACAAUAUAAAAAUAAUAUUUAUAGUAAUAAUGACAGUAUGACAUCACAAACUAGUGAUAUUGAUGGAUUAACUAUUGAUGAAGUUAAUGAAUUGACUGAAUUGAAUUCUUUAGAUGAUUUUGUCAAACAAGAUCUUUUAAGAAGUAAGAUCAAAAAAAUCCAUAAUUUAUCAAUAAGUCAAGAUUCAAAGAAUAAAUUAGUGACAAAAUUAAUGAUGGGGAAUUAUUAUAAAUAUGUUGAUGAAAAAUUAUCAAAUAAUGAUAAACAGUUAUUGCGACCAUUAAAGAAUCAGAAAUUGGUCAUAGAAAAGGAUGAUUUUGAAGAAGAAGAACCGGUAGAAGAAACACAAUCAAAACUGUCAUUAGAUCUAGUAGAUGAGGUUAUUAAUGAAAAUGAUGAUAUUGAAGAAAUUCAAUCAGAAUCUGAAUCACUUGAAGGAUCCGACGAUGAAGGAGAAGAUGAAGUAAUGUUGACUGAAGAAGAUUUACAACCAACAUAUCAUGAUUCAUUAGAUACUAUAUUGGGGUGUUCUCAUUAUCAAACAAAUUGUAAAAUUGAAUGUCCAACAUGUUUUAAAUGGUAUACAUGUCGAUUUUGUCAUGAUUCACAAACUACUGAUCAUAAAUUAAUAAGAAAUGAAGUUAAACAUAUAUUAUGUAUGUAUUGUCAUACUCCACAAAUUCCUGAUUCCAAUUUUUGCGUUAAUUGUGAACAAGAAUUAGCCAAUUAUUUUUGUGGUAAAUGUAUUUUAUAUGAUAAUGAUCAAACUAAAGAUAUUUAUCAUUGUGAUAAAUGUGGGAUUUGUCGAUUAGGGUUAGGAUUAGAAAAAGAUUAUUUCCAUUGUGAUACUUGUAAUACUUGUUUAUCAAUUGAUUUAAAAGGUCAUCAUAAAUGUUUAUCUGAUGUUACUCAUUCAAAUUGUUGUAUAUGUAAUGAAGAUCUUUUUUCCCUGAUUCAUAAAGUGGUAUUUAUGAAAUGUGGUCAUUCUAUUCAUGAACAAUGUUAUAGUAAAUUUACUAAAUUUUCAUCAAAAUGUCCAAUUUGUAAAAAAACUAUAACUAAUGUUGAAAGUCAAUAUCGAAUAUUGGAUGUGGAAAUUGCUCAAAGUCCAUUGCCCGAACCUUAUGAUAAAUGGAGGUGUAUUAUUUCCUGUAAUGAUUGUGGUGGGAAAAGUAAUACAAUGUAUCAUGUAUUGGGGUUGAAAUGUAAGUAUUGCAAGAGUUAUAAUACCAAUCAAUUGAAAUUAAUCAAACCUGAAGAAGAAGAAGACGAGGAGGAGGUAGAGAUAUUGGAAGGUGAAGAAAGAGGAAAAUUGAGUAAUAAUUCUAGAAGCAAGAAUUCCAUUACUCAAUUUGAUGCAAAUGUGAUGAAAUUGGUGAAAACAAAUUUACUGAAUAAUUUUGGCAUUGAUGAAGAAAUAAGUGGAUAUGAAGAUGAUAUUGAUGUAGAAGAUGAGGAAGAAGAGGAAGAUGACGAUGAUGAUCAAAUGGGUAAUUUAAUCAAUAUUAAAAAAUUAUCUGAAAAUGGUUCUAAUAAUGUAUCAUAUAUUACUUCAAUGCUUCAAAAUUUUGUCAAUAACGCUACCAAGUUAUCAUCGAAAGAGGAAGGUAAAUGA